AUUCAGUGGAGACAAUGCUCCAAGAGCUGUGUUCCCCAGCAUUGUGGACCGUCCGCGUCACGCGACAGGGAAGAGUAAAAAAGAUGCAUAUGUUGGAGACGAAACAUCGAGAAAGCGAGGCAUGCUGAGCCUCAAGUAUCCAAUAGAACAUGGCGUAGUAGACAACUGGGAUGAUAUGGAGAAGGUUUGGCAUCACACCUUUUAUGAACAGCUUGGUGUUGCUCCAGAGGACCACCCUGUCCUCCUCACUCAAAACCCUUUUAACCCCAUGGCUAGUAGGGUGAAGAUGGCGGAAAUCAUGUUUGAGACUUUCACCAUCCCGGCUUUUCACAUUGCCAUGCCGGCGGUUCUUGCCCUCUACGCCAGUGGUCUUACCACUGGCGUGGUCGUAGAUUCGGGUCAUGGUGUUACUCACACUUCCUCCAUCUAUGAGGGUUAUGCCCUGCCCCACGCCAUACUGCGUCUCGAUCUAGCAGGGCAUGACCUUGAUUGUUUCAUGGCCAAGCUAAGCUCAGGCCCUUUUCAGGCCUUCCCUGGUUGGUUUGGUGGAUUCCGCGAAACCACAUACAAGUCUAUUAUGAAGUGUAGUGAUGAUGGCAUGGAAAACUCUUUAGGAAACAUUGUGCUCAGCGGCGCUUCCACCAUGUUCCCCGGCAUGGCGGGUAGGAUGAGCAAGGAGAUUGCAAAGUUGGCCCCUAGUGGGAUGGAGAUCAAGGUGGUGGCGCCGCCGGAGAGGAAAUACAGUGCCUGGAUUGGUGGCUCUAUAUUGGCCUCCAUCAGUACUUUCCAGAAGGAGUGGAUUACAAAGGCAGAGUAUGACGAGUACGGGCCCUCAACCGUGGUCAGAACCGCAGAUUGCCACUCUAUAUAACUUUGUUUUCUUCAUUUCUUUGUUAUUCGCUUGCGAUCAUUUUAUGAGACUCUUUCAUGGGCAUGACUUGAUUUUUCAUUUGAAUAAUCAAAAUCUUUUUUC